ACACAGAGGACGGGACCGUGCUAGUCUGCAGCGAUCGCUAUUCUGAGCUGCUGCUUACUAUGAGUUGCCACUGACAGCAGAUCGGCGAGUGCCAGGCGCCCUGGUGAAGGAUGGCAUCACACGGGAAACCAAAGAGAGAGCGAACUGCAGACUAUGAAAGUCAGAUUAAAGAGAUUCGCGGCCAGCUGACUGAACAAGUGAAAUGUUUGGACGCACAGGUGGAUUUCCGCCAGCAGUUGCUGCAGGACAUGAGCGAAUUCUUGCGCAGGAAAGCCGAGAUUAAUUUGGAGUAUUCCCGAAGCUUGGAGAAACUGAGCGACCGCUUCUCUGCCAAAAUCCGCAACUCCAAGGAGCACCAUGGUUUCAGGAAGGAGCAACAGCAUCUCCUAUCCCCUGUGAAUUGCUGGUACAUGAUCCUAAACCACACACGCCAGGAGAGUCGGGACUAUGCAGCACUCAGUGAUGUUUACACCACACACCUCAUCCCCCGCCUGGCACAUAUCGGAGAGGACCUAGCCCGCCUCACCAAGAAGAGUAAAGAUAUUGGAGCUCAGCAGCAAGAAGAUCUGAUGAAGCUGAUGUCAGAGCUGCAAGGGGCAGUGAAGACCUACCAGCUGUACCACAAUGACUGUUUGAACUCCGAGCACAAACUGAGAGAGGCCGAGAAGCAAGAAGAAAAGCGAACAGGCAAAGUAAGCGAGCAGACUGCAAGUUCACCGGUUGCUGAAAGGGGACCAAGGCGCAGCUCCCUGAAGAAGACUGAGAGACUUGUAGAGAAGAGGUUGAAAAAGUACCUGGAAAACAGUCAAAAAUGCACAAAGGCCCGGAAUGAAUAUCUUAUCAACUUGAACUCCGUGAACUCAAAUCUCAAUAAUUAUUACAUCCAUGACGUUAGUGACCUUAUCGAUUGCUGUGACCUUGGCUUUCACCUGUCUAUGGGAAAGACACUGCGUGUGUUUCUGCAGGCUGAAGAUAGAGUACAAACUUCUCGGCAGCACGGCCUGCAGGCCAUAGAGGGAGCUGUGGACAAUAUAGAUGCUCAGGCAGACAAGAACAAGAUAAUGGAAAUGCGCAGUGAUGCCUUCUGCCCCCCAGCACGAUUUGAAUUUCAGCCCCAUGAGGGGGAUGAGGUAUUUGAAGUUCGAUCUGAGCCAUUGUUCCACCAAGAGUUAGUCAGUCGGUUUCAACAUAUUCAGUCCAGACUGGAAAGGGAGCACCUGGAGACAGAAGAGGUGAAUAAGACUCUUAAAGCUACUCUCCAGUCCCUGCUAGACCUUAUUGGAGGCGAUGAUUAUGACUUAUCAGAUGCGUUCCAGUCCAGCCAGUCUACAGAAUCUCUUAAAUCCACUGGAUCAGAUACCAGCAGUAAAACAAGCACAGCUAAGAGAAGAGCCAACCAGCAGGACACAGAGAACUUCUAUGUUACAAAGCUGCAGAAAUAUGUGGCCGGGAGAGGCACUAUAUGCAAAUUACAGGCAAAACGUGACAGACUAAAAGAGGCCAUAGAUAAAGCAGCUGAAUCGCACAAUAAAAUCUCUGGGCUGCAGUCCAAUACCAGUAGAUCACAGAGGGUGAAAAGGCAGCGACCGUCAUCCCAGUAUAACCACAAACUGUUUAACGGGGAUAUGGAGGAGUUUGUGAAGAGCUCAGGAGAGGCCAUUCCACGAGUCGUGUCCAGCUGUAUCCGCUUUAUAAAUUUGCACGGCUUACAGCAUGAAGGUAUAUUCCGUGUUCCAGGAUCACAAGCCCAGGUCAAUGAGAUCCGCAGUGCCUUCGAGAGAGGUGAGGACCCGCUGGACUCCAGCUACAGUGGAAAUGAUGUGGAUUCUGUAGCCGGGGUUCUUAAAUUGUACUUCAGAGGCCUGGAGAAGCCACUGUUUCCUAAUGAAAUGUUUAAUGAUCUGCUGUACUCUCUCCAGCUGGAGACACAAGAUAGAGUAGCGCAUCUAAAGAAGCUGGUGUCACAGCUGCCUCCCAUUGUCACACUUGUAUUACGCUACCUCUUUGCCUUUCUAAACCAUUUGUCACAAUACAGUGAUGAGAACAUGAUGGACCCCUAUAACCUGGCUGUGUGUUUUGGCCCUACGCUGGUUUCUAUCCCAGAGGGGCAGGACCCAGUAUCUGUUCAGGCUCACGUCAAUGAGGUUGUAAAGACUAUUAUCAUUUAUCAAGAGCGGAUAUUUCCAGGACAAGCAGAACUUGAGGGCCCUGUUUAUGAGAAAUGCAUGACGGUGGAGGAGGAUGAAGAAUACUGUGACACAUUAGCCCUGGAAGCCACCAUUGAAGAAAGUGACCAGGAGAUGCACCAAGAAAUGGGUGUCAGCGAGGACGAAUUGGACACGGUGGAGGCCACAGCCAAGUUUGAAUAUUCAGCCCGGACACCGCAGGAGCUGUCUUUCAAGAAGGGGGACAUACUGCUACUUCACAGCAAAGCAUCCGGGGACUGGUGGAGAGGGGAAUUAUCAGGAAUGCGUGGAUUGGUCCCUCACAAAUACAUCAGUAUUCCUGAAGGAGCACAGAAAAAACUUGAGCAGCGUGCACUGAGGAAGGACGGGGACACAGGAACAGCUCUUACCCCUGAUGAUAUUUUAGUUGAGCCGAGCAGGAUACGUGUGAACUCUGACAGUGCAUGCUCCCCUAGAAAACGCAGUGAGGGGAGUCCCAUCAGAAAACUGAACUCUCCGUUCAUGGAGGCCCCCCGACUUCCUUUUCCAAUCGCCCACUCUGGAUCAAGGCUUCUAGGUCAUAUUGAAAGGGUACCUGGGGAGAGGAGGAACCUAAUUGACAUCACACCAAAGGGGGGAUCUGCAAUUAAAACGUGGCAAACUGAACGGCAAAGCAUAGAAGUAGACAAGGAUGUGACAAAGAACAUGAACAAUGUUUUCAAAGAACUGCUGGGCAAGGCAGUUUUGAGGCAAGGCGUACUGGAUGAAGCAGGGGAUGCUGCCAAAGUAGCAAAGUCACGUGAAAAUAAACCCACUGCGCCAAGCAGUUGUGAUGCAGCUCGGGGGAGCCCAGCAGGAAAAAAGGGCCAUCAGGGUAGAGCUGUUUUUGGGACCAGAAGAUGAAUCAAUGACCUCGAGGAAAAAAUAAGUACAAAACUGGGUCAUAUCUGGUACCUUCUUUCAGUUCAUCUCAUCGACAAGACCACAGGGCUUGUAUGCCGACAGUGUGCUAACAAUUAAAGAAUGAAGGGUGUUUGUGUAACCGUUCCCGUAAAGACUCUCCUGCACAGCAUUUGUUACUUUGUAUCCGUGUUUGUUACCGUCAUAAACAAAAGCACAGACAUAUGAAGCCAUGUGGAGCUCCCCCCCACCCCCUCUCCUCAAGAGAACCAGCACAGGCCUCUGCCCAGCCAAUGGAGGAGCAAGGGGAAUAAAAGCUCUGACAUAUAUAGACAUUGUUGGUUGCUAAAAGCAGCAGUGGCACCUACCCAAGUCCACAGAAUUCAUUUUUAUCCCACUGGUAUUUAGGUCUACAGACAACUGGGCCAGAUCCUCUUCAGCUACAUUUUCAAUGCAGAAUGAAAAACCAGCAUGGUGCCCAUCUGCAGAAGCACAACCAAUAUCACCACUGAAGAUCCCUGUUCUGUUAUACAGAUCAUCCUGUUAGCCAGCAUCGCAGCCCAUAU